AUGAAAAUAGAUACAUCCAAUCAAAAAAAUGAAGAAGCCAGUCUUAAACUGAAUUCAAUUGUCGACAAUCAUGUUGAUGAAAUGAGCCAAAUACAUUCUAAUGAAGCAUAUAAUGCAUCUUUAAUUUCAUUAAGUUCAUCAUCAUCGAACGAUGGAUCUUCACUUUACAAUACUAGAACUUUGUCAGAUAAUGAGAUUUUAGAAGAUCAAAAUAUAAGUAAUAUUCAUGAAAACUCAACAUUUUUUGCUAACACUUCAACAUCAAUGACACCACCAAUGUUUGUUUCAAUUGAAACUCAGACAGUAGCAAAAUGCACUGUAGAUGCAUUUACACAAACUACACAUGAUAUUUAUAUUUCUGUAGAAACUUACACCGUAACAUCAGCUACCAACACAGAAGAUGUUGUUACCGAUGAAGAUAUUGUUAAAUAUUUAACAAAGAAGAGAUGCAAAGAAUCAUAA